UUGGCUUUUGCAGGGAGUUUGUGCGAGAGGGACGAUUUAGAGAGAGAAAGAGAGGGUCUACUUCCAUAUCAGCUGGUUUGCAUUGGUAGAGAGAGAAAGAGAGGGGUCCACUUCCAUAUCAGUUGUUUAGUACUAGUACAGAGAGAAAGGGUGCAGAGAAGAGGAGGAUCUAAGUACCCGAAGAGAGAGAGAGGAUCUUCUUCUCGUUGUAGAGAGAGAAAGAGAGAAAGAGAGAGAGGGAGAGUCUCUGUAUGUGUGCAAGGAAUGACGAAAUGGCAUCCUCUGAUGACCUGCAAAUCAACACAGAUUCUCUAACCCAACCUCAAGAGCAGCAACAGAGGUACGAACAAGAAGAGCCUCUCCUCCAUGAAAGUCAUUCCGAGCUCGACCAUGCUCUUCAUGGGCUCGAGCAGUUCCUGGGUUUUCUGGGUUUUUACCAGUCACCCAUCACCAACAUCUUGUUUUCAUGGCUGGUCUUUUUGGCCCUCGGUUUAGCCGUUCCUGUUAUAACUCUUAAGGCAUCACAAUGUUCAGGGUGUAGUCAAAUUCAGAUACUGAAAUUUGAGGUUUUUUUAUUGGUUUCUCAGUCGUCUUUGGCCGCUGUCUCUUUGAUCUGUGUUUCUCAUAAUCUUCGAAAGUAUGGGAUUCGAAAGUUUAUCUUCGUUGAUAGAUACCAUGGCCAAAUGCUUCGUUUUCACAAGGAAUAUGUGACGAAGAUCAGAGGUGUCUUCUCACUGCUCAUAUGGUUGAUAUUACCAUGUUUACUGGUGAAAACUAUUCAUGAAGUUCUACGGAUUUCAUCUAUCCCUCACGUUGUUUGGUGGAAAGCUGCUGCUAUUUUAUUUGGUGUAGUCAUAUCAUGGACUUAUCUGACUGCUAUUUUUUUAUCAUCUUGUGUACUAUUUAACUUGGUUUGCAACCUUCAAGUCAUUCACUUUGAGGACUAUGGAAAGCUAUUAGAAAGGGAUUUGGAUGUGUUAGUUUUUCUCAAGGAACACCUGCGCCUAUGUUAUCAACUGUCCAAAAUUAGCCAUAGGUUUCGCAUAUAUCUUCUCCUCGCUCUAUUGGUUGUCACCGCCAGUCAAUCUUGGAGUCUCUUUCAGACCACAGGAUAUACCAGAACCGUAAAUUUCAUCAAUGCUGGCGAUUUGGCUGUUUCCUCAGUUGUCCAAGUUGUUGGCAUAAUUCUUUGCUUACAAGCAGCAACAAGAAUAUCCCAUAGGGCUCAAGGCAUCUCAUCAGUUGCUUGCAAAUGGCAUGCUUUAGUGACUUGCACAUCAACCGAUAUGACUUUACCAAGUGGCACAGAUAAUGCUGAAAACUUAGAGGCAGAUCCUGCUGGUUUGUUUCUUGGCAGUGAGCUUGGUAGUGAGCUUGAGAGUGAUUUGGAGUCUGUUAAUGAUAUAACACUUCCGACGCCCAUUCAAAUAGCCACUUAUUUGUCAUCUUACCACAAGAGGCAGGCUCUUGUUAUGUACUUGCAAAGUAAUCCUGGUGGCAUCACCCUCUUUGGAUGGACCGUUGAUCGUGCACUGAUCAACACUAUCUUUGUCAUUGAGCUCACCCUAGUUCUUUGGGUCCUCGGGAAAACCAUCAUAUCUACUUCUACAUGAAAGCUUCCACUCUACAUUCAACCUCAUUGGCUCCUCACCCAGUGUGAAAUGAUGAUGAACCAUGUAGCUUAGAAGCAUACGAAGCAGACAACCACUGCAAUAUACGGAGUUAAUCAAUUUUUUAACUGAAUACCAAAUGCCAUAUUGUACUCAAUGGCAGAGUUGUAUUAUAAUCUCAUGACCAUGCUUGUCAUAUUGUACUCAAUGGCAGAGUUGUAUUAUAAUCUUAUGAACAUGCUUGUUUUUGAGCUCCGGUACUGUGUACAAGUACUAAAUUGGCAUACUAUAUCGAAUGGAAUAAUUUCCUUUUUU